AUGGGAUCUCUUGGAUGGGCGAGAGGGUGUUCCAGUCGUCGUCGUCCAUAUGGACGCUGGUCUCUUCCUCCUGAAGACAGAGUUUCGGGUGAGCUAGCAAAGAAAGCAGCAGUGCCACCUAAUACUCGUAGACUAAAGUACUUCUUUUUAUAUCUAGGAACAAGCGUCGGAGUAAAUAUCAAAGUAGCAGCGGAAGCUGUCCAGCCGAAAGACAGAUCUGACAAAGCCGGUGAGGGGGGCAAGUGUUCUUCGGACUCAUUCCAAUUGAGUGCCAAGAUGCGCCUGGAGCAUAGCGCUGGGGUGCGAGAACGAGUAGGAAGUUCUGGUCCCACCCAGAAGAGUGCACUGAUAGCCUAUCUAUCAAUCUUCUCCAGCCAAUGA